GCUCCUCGCAAAUUAACCUCCCAUAACGCACAAAGUUAACCCCCCAAAUAUAUGCGGCUCCCCAUUGGAUUCCGCCUCUCCGCCCAUCUGCCGAUCCCCGUACUCCUCUCGCUCAAUCAAAUAGAUUGGCCGUUUGACGACGCUGGCGAAUGAGCCAUGGCGGCUCGAACGGCGAGAAUCAAGGAAGCGCCUGGGAGAUAGAGAGGGAGUGAUCUACGGCGUCGUUAAGUGCUAAUUAAGAUCGUACAAUGCUGGAUGGGGCAAAUCCGGGGAAGAAGGGGAGGAUGGCGGCAAAUGUGUGUCCAGGUAUAAACAGGAGAGACCCCGACGGGAGCAUAUAGGGGAGUCUACCAAUACUGCGAUUCAGGACCCUCCUCCCAAACUUCUUGUAGUACGACGAUCAACAUGCUGGCUACCUCCCUCUUCGCGCUCGCGCUCGCGGCCACGGGCUUCGCCCAGACUACUCCCCCAGCCGGAUACCGCAAGGUCUACAUCACUUCGAUGGUGGAUGCCAAAUACGUCGUGGUGCCCAAGGCGGCGAGCGCUGGCAGCACACUGGUCGUCCAGACCCUCACCAGCAAGCCAGAGCAGCAGUGGUAUCUCACGGACGGCGACAGCCAGAUCAUGCUGGCGAGCGCUGCAACCCCACUGUGCAUGGACGGAGGCGCGAAGAGCAACUGGAAGGACAUGGGUAAUGUCUACGUGAACGCCUGCGACACCACCGCCCCGGGUCAGGCGUGGACCGUUAUGGCCGAUGGACGCAUUGCGCUCAAGGGAUCCAGCCCACAGGAGUGCCUCGAUCUCCAGUACAUGCGAGCAACGGCCAACAACCCCGUCGGCAUGUACAGCUGCGCAGGCCUGGGCAACAUUGGCGCAAAGGACAAGGGCAUCAACUGGCCGCUCGUGAACGCGACUACUUUUUAAGGACAUGUUAGCUUGAAGGGUAGGGAGUGCAAAAUACGGGGGGCGUGCUGCCG